AUGCACCAACCGCGGCUAGCAGACCUCUUCGAAGAAUUUACACGCCCACACACCUCAACAGCCACCAACUCAACAACCGACCCACACAAUGCCAACAGCGUCUCAGCCGCAAAUCGCGAGGCAGCCAGUACAGCCGCAAACGCCCUACAAUAUGGCCCGACCUCUCCCUCUACAAUCCCCUCAUUCCUACCAAUCGAGGACAUCUACGUGGCACCACAAUACCAGCCCCCGAACCCUGAAGACGAGGACGAUGUCGUUCCAGAUCAGCAUGCGGCAUUCGGUAUUACCCGCGCUAUGGAGCGGAGACGGGAUGCGGUGUGGCGGGAUCUUGGUCUUGAGGCGCUUGUCAAUGGCGAGGGGCAUGGGCCUGAUGCUGGACCUUUGACAGGCCCUGGAGGUGCUGGUGUUGCUGGGGCUGCGACUUCUGGGCCUGGUGCUACGCUGCGGGGUAGUAGGGGUGGCGCGGCGGCUGCUGGGGCGCCGGUUAUUAGGGUCCGGGACUCAGGGCGGAAGAUGGGUGGGCGUAGGGUUGUUGGGUUGCGGUAA